AGUAUAUAUGAUCUAACUAGCCUGAACUUGACAACCUUGCAUGACACUGAUAGUCGCAGUUAACUCAUCUGCUGCUUUCUGCAUUGUCAAACAACCUUACAGUCGCCAGAACUAACAGAAAAUGCUGUCCUACAUCAUUGGUUUGAUCCGAGGUGGAUUUGACAGCAUCGUCAACUUGAUCUUCAGACUUCUCUUCCGAAAGAGGAAACCAGCCCUCACCUUAGAGGACCCCGCCAUUAAGUAUGCACUGCGGCUCUUGGACAAACAGAUUGUCAGCCAUGACACAAGGAAGUUCCGCUUUGCCCUGCCUUCCCCUGAACACAUCCUUGGUCUCCCUAUCGGGCAGCAUAUCUAUUUAUCUGCGAGAAUAGACGGGAAGCUGGUCGUCCGUCCGUAUACGCCGGUGUCCAGUGAUGAUGACAAAGGCUAUGUAGACUUAGUGGUGAAGAUUUACUUUAAAGAUGUCAACCCUAAAUUCCCAGAGGGAGGGAAGAUGAGUCAGUACUUGGAGAGCCUCAGGAUCAACGACACUAUUGAUUUCAGAGGACCCAGUGGUCUCCUCGUUUACAAAGGCAAAGGUGCUUUUGCCAUUCAAGCAGAUAAAAAGUCCACAGCUGACACCAAGACAGCUAAACAUGUUGGCAUGAUUGCUGGAGGGACAGGUAUCACGCCCAUGUUGCAGCUCAUCACAGCUGUGAUGAAGGAUCCACAGGACCAGACGGUGUGUUACCUGCUGUUUGCAAACCAGACUGAGAAAGACAUCUUGUUGCGACCGGAAUUGGAAGAGAUCCAGGUCAACAACCCGGACCGGUUCAAGCUGUGGUUCACCCUGGACAGAGCACCUGAAGACUGGGAGUACAGCCAAGGCUUCAUCAGUGAAGACAUGGUGAGGGAACACCUGCCUCCUCCCAGUGAGGACAGUCUCGUCCUGAUGUGUGGACCUCCGCCUAUGAUCGAGUUCGCCUGCAACCCCAAUCUGGACAAAAUCGGCCACUCCAGCAGCCGCAGGUUCAACUUCUAGAUGUCCGGGCGUAUGAAGACGUUCAGUUAUACUCUCAAAGCAUUAAAGCACUCGUACACUGGGUAUACAAUAUUUAUGCGACGAUAUAUUCAUCAUGCAACAGCGUCACAGCACGGACCAAUUAAUGUAAUCAGUAAGUGUCACUGAAGGGGAGGGGAAGGUAUUUGGCAUUAAAGAUGUGGAUGUUUGCAACAUUAGGAGUUGAGGUUUAUUGGCCGCUUUCUGAGUGCCUUAACACUUGCGAAGCUUUUUUUAAUGCAGUCUAAGAAUCGCAACCACCUGCUUCAUUUAUACAGAAUUGUAUUUAAUCCAUUAUUGCUGUUUUGAAUGUGUUGGUUAACCUGCCUUCUGUCUAUCGUCAUGUCAAAGAUGUCUAUUUUGCUAAAACAUGUUCGUAGUGAUGUGGUUACUGACAUGAAGUCUUUGCUGCUACUUGUGUUUGGAUAUGCAAUAUUAAAAAUAAUUGCUAUAACUCCCCCUCA